AUGAAGGUCAUUGUCGCCCUGUUAUCUUUGGCCGUUGCCGCCCAAGCCGGAUACGUUCAGCCAACCUGGCCUGGCCUGGCAUGGAACUCAUGGAAUGGAGUGAAUGCCUGGAACAACGAAUGGAACAACUGGAACACCAAGGGUCUGGUUUCGUAUCCUUACUCUUCCGUUCAUGGAUCCUGGCCAGCAGUGAACUCCGUCUAUGAUAAUGCUUGGAUCAACGGAAAUGGAUGGUAUGGAGCAAAGCCAACCGUUGUUCAGGCCAAUGUUGCCAAGGUCAACCCGUGGGGACUUCCAUGGGACGGAUAUGGUUAUGGACAAGGAUACAACAACUAUGUUGCUCACGGUGCUCCAGUCGUUGCUGCCAAGUAUGUUGCUGCUAAUCCAGGAUCAGUUCAUGUUGCUCCAUUGGUAGGACAUGCAGUGAAUCAGAAACUGAUUGUUGCCUAA